AUGGUUCUAUUCAACUUGCUUCCAUCCAGCCUCACCACCACGUUACUGCUUUAUUCCCUACUUGUGAUUCUCCUGAUUUACUUCAUCACCAGUUCCAGAAGCAGCCCUCAGACUAACUACCCCCCUGGACCCACACCCCUCCCAAUAAUUGGCAACCUGCACCAGCUGGAGCUGAAGGGACUUUACAAAUCUCUGGUCAAGCUGUCAGAGAAAUAUGGCUCAGUGUAUUCCGUGAGACUGGGUCCGGAGAAAGUGGUGGUGCUAGCUGGGUAUGAGACAGUGAAGAAUGCUCUCGUCAACUAUGCUGAUGAAUUCCUAGGAAGACCUGAUGUACCAAUCAUGAACGUUCUGAAAGAAGGAUCUGGUGUCGUUUGGUCCAAUGGGGAGCCAUGGAAACAAAUGCGAAGGUUCAUGCUAUCGACCCUGCGGGAUUUUGGAAUGGGCAAGAAAUCCAUUGAGGAAAAGAUAGUCGAGGAAGCUGGGUUCCUGGUGAAAAAGAUUGAAUCAUACAAAGAUCAGCCGUUUAGCACGGAUGUUAUAACAAACUUUGCUACAGCCAAUGUCAUCUGCUCCAUUGUAUUUGGCGACCGGUUUGAUUAUGAGGACAAGACAUUUCUCAGCAUAGGAAACAUGGUCCAUGAAAGCUUUCGACUGCUUGGCAGCCCCAUGGUCCAGGUGUAUAAUGCUUACCCAUUGCUGAGGUUUCUACCUGGAAGUCACAAAGAGAUUUGCAAACAAUUUGAGAUGCUGAAGACAUGUUUGAAGGACAUCAUCAAUGUUAAACAACAGGAGUUAAAUGAAAAUGACAUUAGGAGUUUCAUUGAUACGUACAUUGUCAAACAGCAAGAGGAGGCAGGGAACCCAGACACAUAUUUCAAUGAGAAGAACUUACUGAUCACAACAAGUGAUCUGUUCAUUGCGGGAAUGGGAACUGCUGCCACCACCAUUCGCUGGGCACUUUACAUCAUGAUGAAAUACCCAGAUAUCCAGAGGAAAGUUCAGGAAGAAAUUGACCGAGCGAUUGGAUCAGAGCGAUCUCCCAGGAUGGAGGACCGGAAGCAUAUGCCCUACACUGAUGCAGUUAUCCACGAGGUGCAGAGGUUUGCAAACAUUGCCCCCCUAGGCAUCCCACGAUCCACAACUGUGGACAUCAACUUCCAAGGGUACUUUAUCCCUAAGGGAACUUAUAUCGUUCCUUUACUGGCUUCAGUACUUUAUGACAAAAACCAAUGGGAAAAACCUGACGAGUUCAACCCAGCUCACUUUCUGGAUGCCAAUGGCAAGUUUGUGAGGAGAGAUGCCUUCAUACCUUUCUCUGCAGGUCGCAGGAUUUGCCCAGGAAAGACUCUGGCCAAGGUGGAGCUCUUCCUGUUCUUUGUAUCUUUGCUGCAGAAGUUUGACUUGCAUUCUCCACCUGGAGUGACUGAAUUAGACCUCACCCCGGUCGUGGGGGGAAUAUUGAAUCCAAAGCCUCAUCAGGUGUGCGUUAAACCUCACAUCUGCCAUCGCUGA